UGAACUAGUGAGACAGCGAGAGAGACUGGGAUAGCAAAAGGAAGAGGGAGAAGUAGUGAAUCCAUUCGCAUCAUGGUGAGGGCUCCUUGCUGCGAGAAGAUGGGUCUGAAGAAGGGGCCGUGGACACCGGAGGAGGACCAGGUUUUAGUGGAUUACGUCCACAGAUAUGGCCAUGCCAACUGGCGAGCCUUGCCGAAACAAGCCGGUCUCCUGAGGUGUGGGAAGAGUUGCAGACUCCGGUGGGUGAACUACCUGCGACCCGACAUCAAACGCGGGAACUUCACCAGGGAAGAACAGGAGACGAUCAUCGGAUUGCAUGGGAUGCUCGGCAACAGGUGGUCUGCCAUCGCUGCCAAACUACCUGGAAGAACGGAUAACGAGAUCAAGAACGUGUGGCACACCCACCUGAAGAAGCGCUUCGUCGGCCCCAACAUGUCUUCCUCCGGAUCGUCCAAGAGGAAGACGACCGGUUGUUCCAGGACUGACAGGACGGUACUGUCCCGGCCAUUGUCCACGCAGCUGGAAGCAGAUCACAGAGGCGCAAGGCUUGCGUCGACGUCACCGGAGCAAUCAUACAGCGACUUGUACUCCUUUGCCACUGAUUGGUCGGGGGCAUCAGGAGGGAUCAGUAACGUCAAGGAGGAAGGAUGUUCUUCUCAGGAACUCCAAGAGAUUGAUGAGGGCUUUUGGCUGGAGACUUUGUCGACGGAUGAGCCUGCUACACUAACAAUUCCUACUACUACUCCUCCUCCUCCAACCAACGACCGGUUCGACCUGUUCACCUCAUCCGACAUGGAUGACACGGACUUUUGGCUGAACGUCUUCAUGGGAGCUGGAGAUCUGCAGGAACUGACGCAAUUGUAGGAGAACAUGACAUUCUUCGGAUUUUUUUAUAGGACAUUUUGGCGGUGGUGAAUUGACUAAUAGAAGAUUGAACCACUGGAUCAUCAAAGCUUCAUUAAUGGUGGGUGGUGGUCUUCGAGAGAUAGACAUGCACUCUUCUUCUCAACGGGAAGGUGGAAGAAGAAGGCCAAGGCAGAGAAUACACAUACUUCCCUUGUAUGUAAAGAGAGGAAAAAACCUGAAAGUGUGGCCUCUUACGUGCUGUCAAAGGCAACAACUUGUAGUUCACAUAUUUCCUUGUAGUUUGUUUUCAUUGCAUGAACACAUGGUUUGUGUGAUAUCAAAGGAGAUCAACUCCUUCAUUCCUAGUA